AAUAGAAUUGAUUGAACGGAAGGUUGCGAACAGUUGCGAAUUGUUGCGAAUUUAAAACGAACGGUUGGCGAAAUCGUAAAUUUGACAAGUGCCGCCACAAAUAAGUUGUUGACAGUGGUGGUGGUGUUGUUGAAUUCUAACCUAGAGACUAAUAAAAAUAAGAUGAGUACGAGACCGGACGAUCACCGCAGGAAAUGGGAUAGGGAAGAGUACGAGAGAUUGGCAGAGGACAGGAAGAGGGAGGAAAAAGAGGAGAAGGAUGAGGACGAGAAGAAGAAGAAGGGACCACCCGUGAAGAGGGAACUGUUGAAGCAGAGGGAAUACAAGAUCGACCUGGACAGCAAACUGGGCAAAAGCAUCGUCAUCAAUAAGAGCACGCCGACAUCGCAAUCGGGUGGAUACUACUGCAACGUGUGCGAUUGCGUUGUCAAAGACUCGAUCAACUUUCUCGAUCACAUCAACGGGAAAAAGCACCAAAGAAAUUUGGGCAUGUCGAUGCGCAUCGAGAGGAGUUCCCUGGACGCCGUCAAGCAACGUUUCCAGGUGAACAAGCGAAAGAUGGAGGACAGAAAGAAGGAGUACGACAUGGCAUCGAGGAUGCAGGAGCUCGCCGAGGAGGAGGAGAAGUUGCGCGAGUACAGGAGGGAGAGGAGAAGGGAGAACAAGCGAAAGAUCGAGGACAUCUCUGAGGAUGGCGGAGGAGGCGGUGGCGGUGAGAUGGAGCAAAAGGACGAAUUGGCAAGCGUCAUGGGUUUCUCGGGGUUCGCCGGAGGUGGCGUCGGUGGCAAAAGGAAGUAGAAAGACGUUAUUUAUUUAAAUAUCGUAAUAGAGGAGCAGCGACAGGGUACAGGGCGAUCGUAAUCAUAAUUAUUGUCGGUAGAUGUGGAUGAGAGACGGUUGUCGACGAGAAAGCGUCCUCGACGAUCGGAUCCAUGAUGAAGUUGCACUGGACCGUGAUGAUGGAAUCGACGACGGUCCGGACGACUCGUUUCAUCACCUUCGCCGCCUCCUUUCCGCACACCUUGGCCGCCUUGAUGUAGUAGCAGUCGGCAAUGUCCUUGUACGCCCUUUUUGUUGU